AUGACUCGAUUACCUUCUAUCGCACGCCUCUUUCUUUCUUCCUCACAUAAAGAGCGAGACUCUUACACGCAUCUCCCUCCAUUUCUUGUCAACACCUUCCUCCUUCUCAAUCAGAAUUCCACCACCACCAUGUCCGCAGAUCUAGAAUUCCGGCUGCAAGAACUCCCGGCAAUUCAGUUAACGUCUCUUACACUCAAGCUUCCAUCAACGGAACAGGAAUCGUCAGAGGAAUCAUGCAGAACUCAAUCAGAACAAGUUGAAGAAUGUGUAACGCCGACGUCACCGGAGCACAGGAUUCCCGAGAUUCUCAGCUGUCCUCCGGCGCCUAAAAAACAGCGGCAUGGCGCCUCUCCUUCCUGCAAAAGAAGGCUGACAGAAUUUCAAUUCUUCGAGGUUGUUGCAAGAGACGAAAUUGAUUCCUUCUUCAAGGCAAGCUAUGAAUUACUCAACCGAAAUUCAUCCAAAAAGCGGAGGACCCAUGCAGAGCUGUCUGUGUGUUGCUUGCUUGUAAUUGGCGCCUGA